AUGAAAACGGAGUCAGAUGUGGACGAGCUAAUAGAUGAGCUAUUUGAUAAAAGCAAAAUAAAAGUACAGCCUCAGGAAGAAAGUACAACGUCCCGUCUAUAUCCUGAGCAUUUCCUCAACUCAACUCCCCAAGGUCAUAAAUACUACCACGCUCUUCAGCAGUGUACUCGACAAUUCAUAGAUGAUCUGCUGGAAGGAAGGGUGGUGAAAUUUGGUGAUUCCAAUUUGAACAUACGACUGAGAAAGAAAGUGAGUGAAUGGGAUGGCAAUGGCGCUCAGGAAGCAGUGGCUUCAGUCAAGUCAGAUACUUCACCCUCGGUGCCGAAGACAGCCAGCACUCUAUUUUCAUGGUCUUCAGGGGAUUCAUAUAUUCGUGCUAGAAAGGAGGAGCUACGAAGUAGUUCAAAGAGCCCUAUUCCUGUUACCUCUCCGACAAAAGCAAAUUCUAAUAAGCCAAAGAAAACGCAUUUCUCCACACGGCUCAACUCGGUGGUAGAGACCGAAAGCAACAAGUUCAUCCAAGACAGAAUCGAUGUCAUCAAAGCUCGUCGUUUGGAGCAGGCUUCAAAGCGAGUGAGCGAACGAAAGCAGCGUGAUCACGACAGAUACAUAGAACGUAUGCGGAAAAAGGAAGAGGAAUAUGACAAGGCCCUCAAUGCCGCUAUCAAGCUGAAGAAAGAUUCUAAGAACCCAAACUUUCUAGGCGCUCUAUUCGGAUUUGGGAGAAGCAGUAAGACGAGCAGCAGAUCUGAUGUGUCGGAUGCCACCCUGGACAUCCAUACUAUCACCAGCACAAAGAGCUCAUUGGAUACAACCGCAGGUGAAACAGCGAUUGGUACAAACCAGGUUCAGAGUCCAGAUCGUUCAAGUAUCAAUAUGAAGGAUAUAAGUCAUGAAAGCCUAUCACAUCAUUUGCCUGGCAUUAGCGCUUCGGCAUCAAUCCCUGAACCAGUAAUCGUUGGGAUCGACGAUGCUUUCUCAAACAUAUCAGACAAAUCGAAUACCACUGUCACAAAUACCUCCAAUCUUGAUGAAUUGUUGGGCCUGCCUUCAUCGAAUUGCUCGAAUCCUCUUGCGCCUCAAAAACACAAAUUUAUCCCGGUCGGUAACAUAGCGAAUCGCGAGAAGCCUAAUAACGAUUCAGAGAACCUCUUACAGUUAUAG